CCCUCCUCCGGAGCCGCAAAAUGGCGGACACAAUGAGCUGAAGCCGCCGUUGCCUCAGCUUCCUUAACCACAGCUUAGACCGCACCCGCCUGAAGGCAUAGCCGGCUGGUGCCGCCUUGUUCGCUCGCCCGCCCGCCGGGCGUCCCGUUUCUUCGGUCUCAGGGCAGCCUCGGCCUCCUUCCCGGGUUUUUCCUUUCCCGGCGCUCAGGCCCCGCCGGCUCCCUUCCCUCCCUGCCUCCCUCCCUCCCUGGCGGCGGCAUGAAGCUGACGGACAACGUGCUGCGGAGCUUCCGCGUGGCGAAGGUGUUCCGCGAGAACUCGGACAAGAUCAACUGUUUCGACUUCAGCCCCAAUGGCGAGACCGUUAUCUCGAGCAGCGACGACGACUCCAUCGUGCUCUACGACUGCCAGGAGGGCAAACCAAAGAGGACAUUAUAUAGUAAAAAAUAUGGAGUGGAUCUCAUCAGAUACACACAUGCUGCCAACACUGUGGUGUACAGUUCUAAUAAAAUAGAUGAUACAAUCAGAUAUCUCUCUCUGCAUGACAAUAAAUACAUCAGGUACUUCCCAGGACACAGCAAGAGAGUUGUUGCGUUGUCUAUGUCUCCAGUGGAUGAUACUUUUAUUUCUGGAUCACUUGACAAAACUAUAAGACUUUGGGAUCUCCGGUCUCCAAAUUGUCAGGGCCUGAUGCAUCCUCAAGGGAAGCCCGUGUGCUCAUUUGAUCCAGAAGGGCUGAUUUUUGCAGCUGGAGUCAAUUCUGAAAUGGUGAAACUUUAUGAUCUCCGUUCUUUUGAUAAGGGCCCAUUUGCUACUUUUAAAAUGCAGUAUGAUCGAACUUGUGAGUGGACUGGGUUGAAGUUCAGCAAUGAUGGUAAACUUGUUCUUAUAUCAACUAAUGGAGGGUUCAUCCGGCUUAUUGAUGCCUUUAAAGGAGCUGUUCUUCAUACAUUUACGGGGUACAACAACAGUAAAGCUGUCACGCUGGAGGCUUCAUUUACCCCUGAUUCGCAGUUUAUAAUGAUCGGAUCAGAGGAUGGGAAGAUCCAUGUUUGGAAUGGAGAGACUGGAAUGAAGGUAGCAGUGCUGGAUGGCAAACACACAGGGCCUAUAACCUGUUUGCAGUUCAACCCCAAGUUUAUGACCUUUGCCAGCGCAUGCUCCAAUAUGGCCUUUUGGUUACCAACUAUAGAUGAUUAGUUCCUCAUUCAGUUUCCGCUGGGAAGUUUUUAUGCUGUACCGACAGCAGCGCAUUUCUGAAGACUACAGUGAAAGUAUUGGGAUUGCAUCGUUCUGACGGAAUGUUCCUAACUAACACAAUCUACAUAUGUUUUGCUUGAUGCAUUUCCUCACCAGGAUUUUUGAUUGUUCAGUAUCAGAUCUGGAAACCUGAAUGUGAUAUCUGCAAGUAUCUCAGCUGUAGCAAAUAAUCCAAAUUGAACUCAUGUUAGCAUCUGUCCUCUGGAAUAUAUUCUGGUUGAAUUUUACCACAGCUAUUACAUACUGACGCUUUAGUCCCUUUUACUUGUAACUUCCUGGUUUAUCACUUUGGAUGCUGUGCUUGCCUAAAAGUGGACUUUCUAGUAUGUUCUCUGCAGUUCGAAAUAUCAACAGUAUCUUAAGCUGUGCACUUUUAAGGAAGUGUUUCUUUGUGUUACAAACAGCUUUGUGCCAUAAUCAAAUAACCACCCAGUUCCUGAGAGAAGUUUCUAAGGAUGCUCAACCCUGUACAUAUGGAAAGUCCUGAUACAACAAUGGAAUGUUAACUUCCCCAAGAUUUGAGCCCUCAUCCAUCGGCAGUACUGGGACAUGCAACCACUUGGGACAGUCUGGUGGAGAAUCUUAAGCAAUACAGGAGCUGUUCAGUUGGAAAAUGCUCCCUGAUUGACUGAAUGGAGAUGCACUCCUUUUCCUCCUUCCUUCAGUGUAAUAUCAGCUGACUCUGUAAAUAUGGGGGUGGGGAGGGUGGAGGGGGGCUAUUUUUUUAUUAUUGGCUAUUAAAAAGUAAUGCUUGGACCAA